CUUCACCUUAGCCACUUAUCUUGUUGAGCUCAUCGAUAUGUCUAUCAAUUCUAUACACAUGUCGGAUUCGGAUUACCGCGUACCCCUCCACGGCCACCCUGAUCCCACUCCGUUGUCCAAAGAAAACAUGGUUAAGUUGGUCAACCGGUGCGAUGCGGCGUUUCACGAAGUAUGCAACCAGCUGGACGCAUUGUGUAAAGACACCGAGGAAUUUAUGCGUGAUAUGACGAAAGGAUACGCGCUUGCAGGCCCAGCAGGUGCUCACGUUAACGAAUCAAACUAUGAUGGCGUCGCGGCGAUGCAACAGGGGGCCCGGGAUGAUUUGAACUAUGUUCAAAAUCCUCAGGCGUCGUUCCCGACAUUGGAGAAAUUCAUGCCACCAGUGGUUGGUUUUCCACAGUUGUCCCACAUUGAUCAGGGAUUUUGUUACCCUCCGCAGACCUCUGCCGUCCCUCGAGCGCCCUCGCAAGGUCAUACAUUGCCCCAGCACGAAUAUAACCCUGCAUACUUGAAGAACGGGCCUCCCAGCGUGUAUCUUAGGCAGCCCCCUGCCGCACAGCAAGGCCCUGCAUUUUCCCAUGAAUACAACCCUGAUUGUUCUCAGCCAUCUUCGGUCGUUGCGGCGGCGGCGGCAGGCUAUGCUUGGCCUCAACAUGAAUAUCAUUCCAAUGGACCCCCUGACGUGUCUCAUUCGCAGCCCUCUGCGGUCGUUCCAGCACCACCCCAGCAUCUAUAUCCUCCUACUUCCUCCUACCCUUACUACCAGCAACCUCAACCUCAUAACAUCGCAGGUUCAUUCAACGCGUAUCACCCGACCGCGACAAUCCCCCAGGGUCAACAUGCUCCCUUGCAGACGGAAUCUAAUGUCGCCUCGAGCAUGGAGCCAUCUUCCUCUGCUCUCAACAAGACGGCGUCUGCUAGGCCUCGCAAGCGUAAAGCUCGCCAGACCUUUGAAUGCGAGGAUGGUGCAAGUUCGUCCAUCGCACCAACAUCGCGCAAGCGCAAGCGCCGGAACAUCACCGACGACUGCAAAUCUGGAAAUUUCGGUCCAUACAUGUCAGCGGACGCCAGUGCCACGGUUAUGGUCAUGCCUGUCCACGACCCAAUGCCUGUGGACAUCAGCAGCCGCAGGACGCACGAUCCCGACGGCAAUCCGCUUCAAACGAGCAGAUUUGGGGUGAUGGAAGUGGAUAACCACUGUGCUGAUGGAUCCGACAAAGUCACGAAGGACCUUUCACCAGAAUUGACCUGCGUGCGCUCAUGCGAUUGGACUGACCAACCGUGUGGUCUGUUCGUAGAGGUGAACAAGACCCGGAUCGAAGAACACCUGUGGUUUUGGCAUGGUGUCAAAGUCAAGAACUCCAAGUCUGCCUGCCAAUUUGGAGAUUGCUCGGACACACAGGAGAUAAAGAAUUUGGGCCGUCACAUCGAAGGGGUGCACUUCAAUAUGUCCUACCAGUGCCCCUAUUGCAACAAGCCGGCGUCCAGGACCGAUGUUGUGACUCGGCAUCAGAAGGAGUGUAAAGUAUUGUUUGAUAAAAGGGCCCACGCUGAGCGUGAACAGUAUGAAUUCUGUCCCCAACCGAUUACCAAGAUGGUUUCUGGAUAUAUCGUUCCCGCAAAGAACGCAAUCUAGGACAGUGUUUGAAUAUUAUUUACUCCAAUCAUUGACUCGGAAACAAUCAAUUUGCUCUCUACGGCGAACAACACUUGUACUCGUUUUGUUCUAUUAUUCACGAUAUUCUUUCUUUUCAUUCUUGCUUGGUGGAUGUUCUACUAGUAGUAUGCUUAUUGGUUAUUUUUAUUGCACGCUGGACGUGGCUAUCGUACCAUGGUGCUCGGUUUAUCUUACAUAUGGU